CCUGCCCUGGAGGCGCUGUCAGUGGCCCAGGUGCAGGGGCGGGCGGUGGAUCGCCGUGCGCUCUGCUCCGAGGAGAGAGGCUCGGGGGUCAGCUCGGGCUGCGGGCAGCUGUGCCAGAGCGGGGGCGGCUCCUUGGCUGGACUGUGGGGCUCCUGGCCGUGCCCGAAGCCCUUCACCUCCUACCUUCAAGCUCAGGGAGGAGGCGGAUUUUCUUCAGCUUGGCUCCGCUGCCCCCCAGAGAUGGUGGGCCACCUGCACCUACAAGGAAUGGAAGAGAGUCUGAAAGAGAAGAGCCGGGAGGGCCUGCUGGACAGUCCGGAUUCCGGGCUGCCUCCCAGCCCUAGCCCCCCUUUCUACACCUUGGCUCCCGGGAUCAUUGGGGGCAGCAGCACGGGGACAGAUCACCCAGGACAUGGGCCCAGAAAGGAAGCCAAGGAAGGCAAAGUGAUUCCUUACCUUCUUGUGAACUCUUCUGUGCCCGAGAUGAGGCCUCGAAUGUUCCCGGUGUUCUUUGGCGAAAGCAUUGAGGUCAACCCUGAACCUGUGCAGGAAAUUAGGUGCAACUCGGAGGUGAAAUAUGACUCAGAGAAACACUACAAGGAUGACAUCUUCUACGGACCCAUCCCCACCAUAACCGCCUACAGCGAGACGGUCAUCGCCACGCCAAACUGCACCUGGAGGAACUACAAGUCGCAGCUGAUCUUCGAGCCCCGACAGAAGCCCCUGCGGUUCCAGAGCACAACCAUCAUCUUCCCCAAACGCACCAAGAACAUUUACCGAACCACCCUCACCUACAGCCUGGGCUGUGCCAAGCGCUGGUUCGCGUCCAGCGUGCAGCUGGAGCUGUGCGAAGAAACCAGCCCCUGCGUCAUCUACAGUGAGACCCUUUCGUCCGCCCGUGGGGGGCUCUGACGACCACAAGGCCACGUCCUUUGCUGGCCUCUCCGGACAGACAGAUUUGGCCAGGUGCCUUCAUUGAUGGCGACGGGCCCUUGACUACUAGCGGCUGGGCGUGCGUGGUCUUAGACGCAUCUGAACUGCUCCAAGAGGAGGCCUAGAGGGGUCGUACUCUUUAUGGAUUUGGUCAGCACAAGGCUGGCGUUUGUUGUGGGACAUUUUUGAUGUUCACGCUCUGGAUUUUUAUUUUAUUUUUUGACACAUAUCUAUUUUAAAUAGCAUUUCAAUGAAAUCAGACAGCAAAGGCCCUAGGUUUGCAGUUACCAUAUGUUAUAGUGCUGCUUCCCAGCCCCGUGGGUCUUCUCUAGCACGUAGGCACGACUUAGCAGUGCCUUGGAAGCCGAUCCUGUCUGAUAGGAGAAGACCAGCUGCAGAUUCACCAUCCAACCUGCACAGCCGCUAUCUGCCUGCUUCUCCUAGUGUUUAAACACAGAGAAGACAGUUGUUACUUUUAAUUGCAUAAGACAUUGAUCCCACUCCGAAUCCCCAUCCGGAGGUCGGCUCCAGGAGUGCAUUGCAGCACCACAGUGACCUCCGAUUUAGCUUUUUUUAAAAUAAAAAUGGUCACCAAAACAGGGAAGACGAUUGAUCGUGCUGACAGGGCACCAGCCUUUCCAGAAUAGGCAAGUGCCCAACUCCCAUUCGAGACCCUUCUGAGGAGCCCGAUGUUUACAUGCCAUAGCGGGAUACCGUGCAAGGGGCUUCUAGGGGAGCCGAGAAGGGAAUGCUUCAGGGGAGAUUUGCAUUCUAAGGAGGAUGCAAGCCAGGGAAAAUGGCAGAAAUCUUAGCUAACAGGGAUAAAACACACAGAGAGGACAGAUCUAAUUCAGGAUUAACCUGAUUUUAUGCAAAGGCAGCUUACGACAAUCAGGUUAACUAGGUAUAGGAGAAUAGGCUUUCAAGGGCAAUUCCUGGAGGACCAAAAGUCUUUUCUGUUAUAUGAGAUGAUAAAGACCAUAGCAGGAGCAGAAGUUUAAACUCCGAGUUGAAGACUGUCAACAGGACAGAUGUUUCCAAAAUUCAGCAGAAUGGGGCCGUGGCUCAUCGCCAGCCUGCUGAGUCCGGUAAUAGUGCAUAAUAGUAAUAAUUCAUCCAAGGACAAUGAAAGGAACCGCCUAUUCCUACCCUCUGCUCCUCCCCCAAGCUGGUUACUUCCCAUGCAGCUGUAAAAACACGGAGGUGGGCAGCCUUCAGAAGGUGCCAGCGGGCCAGCACCAGCAGCCAGCUUCAAACCUGGCUGAUCCCUCCCUGCCACCUACAAGCUCUCGGAGAUCUGGCACUAACAGAUCCUGUCACUGGGUUAGACGGCAUCUGCAUGUCACCUUGUCCCCGAGACAGACCCCUGCUAGCAGAGACUGAUUUGAUACCCUUUUCCCACCACUUCUUCACCAAGAAUAGAUUUAACCUCCUGGUACUUUAUUUUUUUUGUGAGCUGAAGCUGGAAGAGGGAAGUUGGUUGCUCUUUUUUAAAUGCUCACUUUCACUUGUAUCUAAACUACGAGGAAACCGUCCGCUCUAGGGCUUCAACUGGCAUCAGCAUUGAAAGGGAACGAGAAAAGAGAACAACAGUGCUCUGGCAGGCUCUGUUUUAGUGCAGGGCUCCAUAUGUGGCAUCGCUGUACUGAUCUGUUGUUAGCUGUUUUCAUUUCCCUCUGGGGAUAACAAACUGCAGCAAGACAAGCACAGCUCUGGCUGGGAAAGGAAUUAAGGAAAUCAUGCCCAUAGUUAUGAAAAUUGAACCCAUCCAGCAUCACCUACAAAGAUUAUUUGAUGUGCCUACAAGUGGGACUUUUGUGUUGAUUAGACUACAACAGGAACAAUGCUAAGCAACAGUGCGUCAGUAAAUGACAAUGCCUACGCAGAGGGGUAAGAAAGCAAUACAAGAUCCCAAAGCUGUUACUGCUUUGUGAAUACUGGCCAACAGGGCUGGGAUUGUCAAUGGAGACAAAAGGAAUUAGACACCUAACUCUCACUGGAUUUGUAUGGGGUUUGGACACCUAUGGUAAAAUUCUGAACAGCACCUAAGUGAUUUAGGAGGCUAAGUUUCAUUUUCAAAGGAGACAGACUGAGAUCCGCAAAGGUAUUUAGAUACCUAACUCCUAGGGGAAUUAUGCACCUAAAUAUAUUUGAGGGUCUGGGCCUUGGGCACUUAGAAACUUUUAGUCUCAUUUAAAAUCAAUAGACCGUAGGUGUCUACGUGCCUAUGUCACUUUGGCAAAUGGGACUUAGAUGCUCUUGAAAAUGUUACCUGUAACUCCUGCAGGCUUUUUAGCUAAACAGCUCUGGAAGUUAAUGUCUAUUUGGUUCCCCCCCCUUCUUAAGUGUUUUGUUUUUGUCUUGCUGCUGAUUCAGUUAUUUCAGUGUACACAUGACCAGCCAAGUUACAUCACCUAAUAAUAAGGAAUAACUCAGACUCCUUGCCCAGAAAGUUUGUAAUCACACGAACGCCCACAGCUGUUAAAAAUGCCAUGAUAAACUAAAAACAAACAAACCCCUCCAGAUAUUUAAAAAAAAAUGAUUUGAAAAGAUCAGAUUUCCUUCUACGUAAGCGAGUGAAUGGUCCUGCUCUUGUGGGAAACGUUCCUAGCUUACACACUACCCCAACGGAAUCGGCUAGCGAAAGGAUCGGAGUCCUCACUCUCACUCCCAUUACCCUGCCUGACCUCAAGGGCUCCCCUUCAACUCUCCUAUGUGGCAGAGCCCUCGUAACCCCGAGAAGACUGAAUCCAGGAUUCCCGGGGGGGCUCAACCCCCUAUCUUGUGGUGGUCACUUAGGACAGGGGAUAAGGUGACCUCACUCCGGGGUGCUCUCUCCACUCUGGACCCUUCCCUGACCCACUGAUCAUUGCACGUAGUUCAAAACAAAUACAAUUUAUUAAACAGCAACCAAUUAAAAAAUAAGGACAAAAUGGGAAAGGCGAAAACACGUCUCUGUGGAAACGGGGGAACCCCAAACAGCGUCUCUGGAACAUCCGGGCAGUUCACAGUCUGUUCCUCGCACGGCCCAGGCCCCUGCCCAGGCCCUGGCUGUGCUGCAGGGAUGCUGCGGGUCGGACACUUGCUCUGGCGGUGGCUCUAGGUGGCCGGGCCUUUCUUCCCAGCGUCACCCCACGUCGGGGUUACGAUCCCCUCCAUGCAAAGCCUCGUGGCUGGGGGCGUCUCCCUGCGCCGGGCCACUGCCCAGAUCCCCCUCACUCUCCCCAGCUGCUCACCGCCCCCGGCUCCGGCUCCAGCCCCACUCUGCCCCCAGCGCAGCUCCCUGGUUCUCUCUGACCGGCGAAGGCCUGCUCCCCGGCUCCGCUCGGCCCCGCUCUGGCCCAGCCAGCUCCCGCUCACACGGAGGACGGGACUCCUGGCCUCCCUCAUUGGCCAGCCUGCCCUGUCAAUCAGGGUGACUUGGAGCGUUGGCUUCUCCCAUUGCCCCCAGGGAAUGUCAGUCUCAGGGUCCUGAUUUCUCAUCGGCCCGUCCCCCUUCUAUUGGUACUGGGAGAUGGCCAGCCAAAAAACCCCACUGAGUUUCAGUACGGAGCCAAUAGCCCCCUUCCGUUCUGUUUCAAAAGCCAUGGGGAAAGGCAAUUCAUUUGUGUAACCAGAACUCUUUCCUUUCUGAACCAAGGCCAUUCUUGGGGGGUUUGUUUGUUUUAAAGAAGCAUAUUUUUUAUUCAGACACUAACUUGACGUCUUAAUGUAUCUCGGAAGUGUUGAUUGCAGGGACACCGCUAGCACUGAAAGCUGUGCACUUGCUCUGUCCAGCACAUUGACUUCAGGCAUAAAGGAGCAUAGUAUUUGCCCCAAACUAUCCAGCUUCAAAUGUGUGUGUGUGGGGGGGUGUCCUACCAUAACCCACAUAUGGUAUGUCUUCAUGGCACAGUUAACUCGGGUGAAUGGGCAUCCAGGUCUGAGCUGUCUGCAAAGCCACACAAGCUACUGGGGCCUUACAUUUCCCCAUGUGCGCCAGUAGACUUCAGGGGGCAUAGCCUAUGGUCCUUUGUGCAGUGGUCAACUGGGCCGCUCUGCAAUCCCUUCCCAGUCAAUUGUGGGAGAACUUGUCUGUCCUUCUGGGUGCAUGGAGGGAGAUUUUGGGAUAGUUUGGAGGACUAUUGGCACACAAGUGAUUUAGCCUGUGUCCUCACUGCAAAGUGGGUGGGUUACCAGCUCGAGCGAAAACAGGCACUGAGCACUAACCCAGCUCCACAGCACCACCAGACUCGGGGGGAGGGUUGUGUUUGUGGACAGGAUGGGUGUUAGGGCCAAUGUCUGAGCAAGAGCCCAAAUUACCUCUGCAGUGAAGACAGACCCUGAGGCUGUUCAGGGCUUUCCAAAGAGUGGACAGAGUAGUAAAUUGAGGCUCCAUUUCCCAUGAGCUGAAGGGGAACCCCAAGGUCCUUUAACCUGUAUUCCUGCUCUCAAAUUGGAACUUAAUCCCCCUCACACUCACUCUAAAAUUAGAAGAGCCCACCCCAAGGUUGCACCUUUUUGGACAAUCUGGACCUGAUUUCCCCUUGAUGAGUCCUUUAGACUCCCAACAGGGUGACUUACAAGUUGCAGUUCAGCCUUACCUGUUAAAUUCCCUGCUCUUGUUGGUCGCAAGGGACAGGCCAGACUCAGAAGGCAAACUAAAUGGCCGUCCCUUGCCAGGCUGGCUCCGCUUCGACGUAGCCUUGCCUUCCGGAAUCCCGCCGGCUAUUUGUUCUGCACACCAGCCCUUGCCACAGCGACGUCUGUAGCUGAGCCGAUGCAGCGGGUCACUUGUGCUGCUCUCCCUCAUCGCAGCAUGCUGGGCAGACACCACUUCGCUGCCUAGGGAGCCUGUUGCUUCCUGCCUUUGCUUUAUGAAUGCCAGCUGCUGCAAAAAAUCUGGUUGGCAAAUGAAAUCCAGGGGCAGACACCUGACUCGCUGUCUGUUCUUUGGCCCCACUCCCCUGACACUCUGCUUAAGUCAAAGCUUCCUCGGCAGCCUGUGACUGGCUCUUGGGAGGCUGUCCAAGGUGGGAGGAAAGGUACAAGGCACCUUUCCCACCCCCACAGUGCACAGUCCCAGUCCUUGUUGCCCCCAGGACACAAUCUCCCCCAAAGGGGGCAGGGAGCACUGCAGGCUGGCUAACUGCAGAGGUGAAUACACACUGCACUGUCUUAGGGGGUGGGUCAGUGUGUGCUAUGUUCUCCUGGUGUUCCCACUAGGGUUGUGUGACUCUGCACUACGCCUGCCACUCCCCAGAAGGCACAACCCAGCCCUUACUCACCAUAUCUUUUCCACCCCUUGCCCUCCCAGAACAGCUCCACUCCACGCUGAGGCGAGCAUGGUCACUGUGCGAAGGUUCUGCUGGCUCCCAGCAGUCACCAGGGCCAGAUGUAAAACACGCUGGUUUGGAGCGCGAGCGUCUUCGUCCUUCCAAUCUAAUCCACCCCCAGUUCUGGGCUUUGUUUGCUGUGCAAACACUUAAACGCGCUUUCAGACUAGAAAACAUACUUGAAAGAAACGUCCAAAUGUGCCGUUCUUUUUAUUGACUUGUUUUGCCUUAAAAAGAAGAAAAAAAUAGAUUCACAGACGUGGUUUCUUAACAAACGGUCCAAAAAGCAGCAAUCGCUUGAAUCCUGAACAUGGCUCAGCUUCAGUGGCUGCAGAACAGUUUGCACUGAUCAGGCCUCUCGAGAGCUGCAAGAUAUUUCGCUUGUUAGGAGACCAAAAAAGCACAGGAGGUUAUUGAACGUCCUAGGGAGCAAUGAAAUCAGUGUCACUGGGUGCCAGCAGGACUGAAAGGGAAAACAUACAGUCUGAACUGUAUUAUUAGCGCUGAGAUAUCCUGAAUAAUAAUCUUACAGAGGAACAUGAAUGGAUCUAAACCUGGGACGUGGAACUAUAAUACAGCACGUGUGUGGUAGUUGUAGGGUUUUUCAAAUACCUUCUAACAUCUUCUUACCGAUUUGGACUGGGAUUAUGUCUGUGCAGAUCUAUAAUAGAUCGGGCCCCAUAGUCUAUAACAGCUCCAAUUGACGUCAUUUAUCUAGUCCUUGUUUUCAGUCAGGGGUGCCCAAAAUACGAUUUGUGGGGUAACUUGGUUCAUUCCCGAUGCAGCCCAGCGCUGCAGUACAAAUACCCAGCCAGGUAAUUCAGUAUACUAAUGACCCUAGCUAGCCAUUUGUAUGUGCAGUUACCUGAUCGGCACAUGCAAUCACAGCGAUUGGUCUCCUAGAUUAAGUGCAUGAUUGCACAGGUAGCUGGUUUGAAAAGCUGGGUUAGGCGCUGGAGAUUUACAAUAAGCUGACAAGCAAUGGGGCGAAGGUUCAGUGGAAUAAGGUGUGCAAUGCAUUGGCAAGAGGAAACGCUUCUGCAGAUGGAACCCACUGGCUCAUGCUAAGCAGGGAUUAUACCCAACAGCUCUGAUCUCCCCUUGUUCCCCUGGCUGGGACAAGGUUCUGGGGGAUCCCUGCAGGACUGGGCCCUUACAGCACCAGGUUUUUAUUUAACUUGUCUAAGGGCUCUAGCCAACUCCCCAUUAAAUCAGCCAAAAGACUCCUACUGAGAUCAGUGGCAGUCAGAUCAGACCCUGUUGCAGUCACAUUUAUUGUUUGCUAGUUUAAUGUUCUCUUUCAAAGCAACGUCAUCAGUUACAACCUAGAUUUUCUUGACGUCGCCUCUCAUUCAGCGUGGUCUUGUACCCAUGCCAGUUUCCUGUAACGUAGUUGCAACAAGAUGGGUCAGUUUUCUUUUGUUUUAAAUCUGUCCCUUUGGGCAUUCAUACACAAAUACAUCCCAGAUACUAGGAGAACCACUGACUUCACUGGGCUUUUGGUUUGAUGCUGAAUCAGUGCGUGAAUCACCCAUGUGCUUGUGAUAGUCAGAAGCAGGCAUGUCUUGCCUUCUUCCUACACAGUGCUUUUUACCCACUCACUAGCCAUAUCCCUGUGGCUUCUUUACAUGUUGCCAAUAGUCAGAAGUGUUGCAAACAAAGCUCCUUUUUUGGUUUGGAGAAUAAUAAUUGUUACAUCUCACUUGAACACCAUAAAUUAGAUUCUAGGUUUGUUAUGUCAAUCAGAAAAUGCUAAUUGUUUGCCAAUUAAUUUCUGCCAGCAGCAAAUAAAUGCCUUAUUUGUAGCAUUUUGUGCAUUUACAGGGGCUGUUUCAUUUUACAGAGCUCUCUUUUUUUAAAGGGAUAUAAUUAAUUUUAAUCAACGGAUCUUUAUACAUUUAUUUUUCCAGAGUUACAGGCUGUUAAUCUACAAUGAGUAAAUGUAGCUUUGAAAAGGUGUAUUUCCCUGAGUAGUUACUUACCAGUGUCACCCAAGCUCUUGAGCUUUUUUGACCUGUUUUUGUUUUCCAUCAUGCCAUGAGCCCAAUGGAUAGAGUUGGUCAAGAUCUUUCUUUUAAUACUUUCCUGCCCGCAGUGAAAAUUUGUCUUUUUUUUUUUAAACCCGAAACUUCUGCAAAAAGCUCCCAUUUUUUUCCCCCAAAAUAUUCUGCUUGGCCAUCCCAACCAGAAAAUUGGAAAUGUCGAUAUUUUUUACAUUUUGAGGAGGUUGUUUUUCUAUACCAUUUUGUCACAGGAUGUAAUAGACUCAAUUAUGCCCAGAGUUUGUUUGUUCUUUGUUUUUCAUAAUUCCUUUGUAACAUUUUGAAAGAGAGAAAGAAAGAGACAGACAGACAGACUCUGGGCAUCACUUAUUUUAUUGCAUUCAGUGACAAAAAGAGAAACCCUCCCCAAACAAAAUAUUGACAUUUCUAUAUCUUUCAAUUCAAGAUUUUGACAUUUUCCAAAACAAAAUUUGCAAAAAAAAUUAAAACAAAUUCAGAACACAAAUUACUUUGAAAGUUUUUUUGAAAGGGUUAUUCCCUUCUUUGACCAGCUCAACACAGAAGCUCUCCUUGAGGUGAAAUAGACAUGGAUUCAUGUCCAAGGCCCGUGAUUUCUAAACUUGUGAAAAAAGGGAUAGUUUUUGAUAGCAGCAUUUCAGUGAGCAGCGGGGCAAGCAUGUGUAUGUUACUUAUAAUUUAUGUUGACUGUGUCUUGCAAAAAAAAUUUAAAUAUAUAAAAAAUUAGAAAAGGUAGCUAAAGAACGAGUCAGCAAAAAUCUGUGUAAAGUGAACUGAAGACUACAGGGUGUGGGAAUCUGAUAUAAAUGUUACUGAGUCUGUAUGUGAACAUCACAAAGUAGGAUAUUUUACUAUUUUCAUCUUUCUGGACAUUCUACCUGUAGUGACACAGACACAUUUUCCUUCCUUGAGGCUGAGGAACCAAAAACCAAAACAAAACAAAACACCUCCUGACCUGCAUCCAUUCAGGAUGAUUGAAAACAGUGAAUCUCAGAAUUUGGCCUGAAGCCCCCAGAUCCUGCACCAGCGCUGUGGCAUGCCCUUGUGGAGCCAGGUACACAGUGUGGCUUUCAAGGCAUUCGAAGUCUGUGGAAAGGCUCACGUUGAUUUCACAUUGGGAGCAACAUUAGGGCCAAUGCUGAUCACAUCUAAAAAGCCCACGCUGCUAACAGAUGAACCAUUUUAUUUUUAAAGUGUUGGGAUGCCCUUUCCUCUCUAGCCAAUAUGUCCAUUGUCCAAACCAGCUAAUGUAUUCUGUCCUGGGACUCCUGAACUGCAGGUGGAAUUGAAAGAUGUUUGAUGAUUAGAGAAGUGGCUCAUGCUCUUGGAUGUGUUGUAUUUCUAUUUUUAUAAUUCUAAUACUCUAAGUGCUUGUAAAGUACUUUACUGUUGUAUAUGUGGUGAUCCGGUACUUCGUGAUACCCUUUUAUUUUUGUAUUUUUUCUCUCUCCACAAUAAUCACUUCCUGUUCAAUUCAUAGAAAAUAAUUUAAGAAAACAAAUGUAUAUAUCUUAAUAAAAUGCAGAAAAGCAGAAUGCUCA